AUGGAAGAUGACAGGCUUUCAGUCUCUUCCCUAAGGUCGACCGAUUCGACUCGUACCACAGAUUCGGUCAAAGACAGAGACGACUACCUCAAGCAGUCUGAGAGACUCUUCAUCCUACAACCAUUUACAGUUGGAGCUCUCAAGAACAUGCGCAAUUACGAAGGUCAGACACCAGCUGGAGACCGCAAAACAGACGUACUCGCAAGAGCAGUCCAACUGGUCAAGACAAAGACUGAGAUAGUCGACUUCAUUCUUGCAGCUUGCCCAUACAAGUAA